CAUCGGUGGCAGGGCAUAUAACCAUGAUUGCUGUCAUUGUGUUCGGAGUCCUGAACUUGGCGAAGAAGGUCGUGCAAAUGUACAACCAGGGAUGGGGCUUCGUUGUUGACUUUGAGAACUACCUGGAGCUGUCGCUGUACAUGUCGGCCCUGGUCAGCGUGACGCCUGUCUUCUACCCGGUGAUGAACCACUUCCACAUCAUCGCCGCCGCCGCCUCCGUCUUUCUUGCCUGGUUCAACAUGCUGCUCUACCUGAGGAGUUUUGAGUCGAUCGGCAUCUACGUGGUGAUGUUCGUCGAAAUACAGAAAACACUCCUAAGAGUACUCGUCAUCUUCUCGGUGCUUAUCAUUGCCUUCGGCUUGGCUUUCUUCAUCCUCAUGUCCCACGGCAAUCACCCGGAGUUCAGCAGCCUGCCGGUCGCCAUCUCCCGCACCUUCAACAUGAUGCUCGGCGAGAUCGACUUUCUGACGGUGUAUGUAUACCCGUGGUUGACGCCGUCGCCGAACAACACCACCAGCGACUCGUCUGCUCCGGUGGCCGGCGGCGGUCGCCGUAGCAGCCCCAGCAGCAGCGGUCACCGGGACAACCCCAGCGGCAGCAGGUCAGUGAGCUUGCAUUAUUGCCUUCUGUUCCCACUCGAAUGA